UUUGGUAGCGUUACUGGCUGCCUACCAGUCUACUGGUCUGCCUGGAUGCGGAGGGAUUGUUGCUGCGAGCCGAUGCUCCUUGGUUCAGUGUCGAGCCUCGCAUGGCCCAGUCAAAGCCAGCUGUGUCGAACGGUGCGGGUGUGCGAAAAAAGCGUUCCGUAGGUCGUGUGCGUGUGCGGCUGUGUGUGCUUUCCCUUUUGCAGAGGAAUGUCCCCCGAGAGGGCACAGGAAAAGCUGUUGUGUGUGGUUCGGGGGGAGUUCAUCAUCUCGGGGAUGAUUUCUUCGAUGGCCAUGGUACGGUUGCAGUAAGAAGGGUGGCAUAGACGUAUCUGGAGAACUGUGCAAGUUCCGCCGGUGCAGAAGUGACGAAGAGAUUUACGCUUCCAAGCGCCAUGUGACAGUGAAAAGAUCAAAAACGGGUGUGAGCCGAAGCUAUAACGUGCAAAAAAAGAGGGCAAAAGUGUUACGAAGCUAAAGGGUGUGCGUGUGGGUGGUGUUUUAUUUUUUUUGUUAGGGAAGUUGAAAUCGAUACCUUCCAGGAAGGGUCCCGCUGCAGCGGAGAGGUGACAAAUUUCUGGUGGAAGUGUUUCUGACAACAAUGUUUUGCUUGUUCGGCAUCGAAGGAACGCCGCACCGCAAAAGGAACGAGUAGUUGGAAAAGGAUUUAAUAGUCAUUGGAUGAACUUUACUGGGCGCAGCGGCGAAGAAGGAAAUGAUGAAGGAAAGCUUCGAGAUGUAGAACUUUAACAGGCAAACGAGUUAAUCAGUGGUUCGGGAAAAAAACGCUACAACUUAGAGAAAAGUAACUGAACAGAUUACUCAACGAAACGAAACAAAACCAUGAAGUUUCGCAAGAGAAACAAUCAGAAAACUUCCGAACUUCUGGCCCUAUCGCAAAUACUCUAUCCGAUGAUACUGCUGAGUGUAUACGUAGACAUUGUUGGCCAGGUCGAGGCCAGCGCGGUCGGUGCUCCGGACGGAUCCCACGCCGGAGUCAGUUUCAAUACCCGCCAGGAUGGAAGCAAGAAAGAGGGACUCUCGUUGCAGCAUUUUGGAAUUACAUCUUCCCCGGCUUUCGGCAGCAGUAGCAGCAGCAGCGGUGGUGGUGGUGGAGCCGCAGGAAGUAUCGCCGCUCCGUUCACCUUCCCGCAGCUUUCGCCCGCCCUCAGUGACAAUAAGCCGUACUUUGACGACAUCAGUCCGCGGAACGUGACGACCGUGGUGGACGAUACGGCGGUUCUCAAGUGCCGCGUUAAACACAAGGGAAACCGAACGGUUUCGUGGAUGCGCAAGCGGGAUCUACACAUCUUGACUUCCAGCACACACACCUACACCGGGGAUCAACGAUUUUCUGUCCACCACCCACCGGACUCGGACGAUUGGGAUCUGAAGAUUUCGUACGCCCAGCCGCGGGACAGCGGAAUCUACGAGUGUCAGGUCAACACCGAACCGAAGAUCAACAUGGCCGUUUAUCUGCAUGUUACAGCCGCCCGGGCGAAAAUCCUCGGUUCACUGGAAGCCCACGUCCGCAAGGGCAGCACAAUAUCGCUGUCCUGUGUGGUCAAUUUCCACGCAUCGUCAAUCACCUGGUAUCACGGCACAUCGAUCGUCAACUUUGACUCGGCCCGGGGAGGCAUCAGUCUGGAGACGGAGAAAACGGAUGCCGGUACGAGCAGUCGGCUGCUGCUUACCAAGGCAACCGUAAGCGAUUCGGGCAAUUACACGUGUGUCCCGGCGGGGGCUAUUCCUGCCAGCGUCCAGGUGUACGUGCUGCAUGGUGAGCAUCCUGCAGCGAUGCAAACAAGUGGACAGAUGGCACUGCGGUCGGACUCGGCCUUGCUGGUGGUGGUCUCCGCAAUGAUAGCAUUGAUGACAAUUUACGGUCGAACUUUGGGACGGCUAAACGAUCCGACGACCAUGGUUAGUGAGAGGCGUUCGAUGGUCUUUUGCAGGUGAUCUUGUACAUAAUCAAAUUGAUUCGUAGAUGAUGUAAAUUUUAAGAUGAAUACAUUAAUGUUUUAAAAAUCGGA